AUGUUGGCGGCGAACGAAACGGAGACGGCGAAAUUAAGAGAGCUCACGCGAGCGGCGACGAACGGCGGCGACGAUGAAAAGGUGAAACUCAUCGCGGCGUUGUUCAAUAAGCUGGACCAGAUGGCAACGAGGUACUCGAGUGUAAUGGAGACGCCGACGGUGGCUGUGCCGUCCACGCCCGAGGCGACGAAACCAGAUGAGGUGAUCGCGCUACACAGAGAGCUCCGCGAGCUCAAGGGUCAGUUCGGCGCCAUGUCGGCCGAGGAAAGUGGAGGCGUGCCGUCCGGUGACGUUGAUAAGUUGAAAAAGCAGCUCAGGGCCGCUCAGGACGCUAAAAUUGCAGCACUCGCAGACGCAGAGGCGUUUCGAGCGGAGCGCGACGACGCGAACGAUGAGAUCGAGCGACUUCGACGCGGUUCGAGAGGUAAUGAUGACUCUUCGCGCGUGCGAGAGCUCGAAAGUCUGCUCGCCGAGGCUCAAAAUGCGAUGAGCUUGCUCUCUGAUGAUAACGAAGCUCUCAUCGUGAAGUUGAGACGUUACGAGGAAGGGAAGUUGGGCGCCGAAAUGGCGCAGCGAGCGGCUCGCAAUGCGGCCGAUGCGGCAAACGAGGUCGCCGCGGAAGCUGAAAGAGCAAUCUUCGAAGCUUAUAACCGUAGUUCCGGAGAUGAGAGCCUGGUGCAGGAGCUCGAAACCCAACGCGAGUUGGCGACGCGCAGAGCAGAUGAAGUCGAGAAGCUGAAGUCCAUCAUCAGAGAUAUGGACGAACAGCGCGAGGCGCUUUCGCAGAAACUUCGUGUGGCCUACGCGAGCUUGCGUGAGAUCGAGAGCAAGAAAGAUAGCAGCAAUAUCUUCGAAGGAACGUCGGCUGACAAGAUAAUCUCCCUUGAAAAUGAGUGCAUGCGUCUGCAGGAUGAAGCCGAUGCGGCCGCGGAAGCACUUGAAGAAGCGAGAGGAAGAGCGAUGCGCGAAGGGGCAUCUGCAGAGGAAGCACGACGACUGGGCGCCGCAGCGGAGGCGAAAGUAUACGGAGCGGCACAGGCUCGCGAUUCGGCAAUUGCUCGCGCGCGUUCGCUCGAGGAGCAGCUUGAGCGCGCUGCUGAGAAGGAGCGAGUCAUCGCGAAUGAAGCCGCCCAGUAUCGUGAAGAACUCGCCGUCAUUUCUGAUGAUUUGAUGGUGAUGACGAAGGAACAACAGAUAUUGAACGCCGAGCUGCUUCGCGCGAAGAGCGAGCGUGACGAAGCGUUAGUAGAGUUGAGCAAAGCGAAAGCUGCCCAGAGUGCGGCAGAAGCCGAAGUAAAAGCCAAGAACAAAGAAGUUGAUGAUGUCGCUAAGGCGUAUCACGAGCUCGGCUUCGAGAAUCGACGCGUCGUCGCGGAUAUGGACGAUAUGGAGCGUGACCUUCGCCGAGUGAAAGCAGCCCUUGAGUCGUCCGAUGCGUUGCUCGAGCAGGCAACCGAACGAGCCAAAACGGCGGAGGCUGAGUGCAAAGCUUACUCCACCGAUUUACAAGCUUACCAGCGCCAAGUGGACAAUUUGACUCACAUCCUUGAGAACUCAGCGCGCGACAAGGGCGAAGACAUGGAGGCGCUCGCCACCAAACUCGAAGCAUCGAGAGCGAUGUUGUUCGACAUGGAACGCGCAAAGGAGAUGGCUAGACGCGAGACUGCAGCGGCUGAGGCAAACUUGAUGGUUGUUCGCAGCAGGCUCACCGACGCCCAGAGUGACACCGAAACGCUCAAGCAUAAACUGCGACUGGAGUCCAAUCGCGUCAAAGAGCUCGAGAGUUUGGUGUCGGCUCUGCGUACGCACGAACACCAGGCAGUCGUCGCGAGCGGCGACAGUUCUCAGCGCUCGGAGCUCUUGAGAGAGCGCGUGAGCGCUCUACAAGAACAGAAUCACGGGUUGAUGCGUCAAGUUGAAGCACUGAAAGAAGAUCGCAAAUCGUUCGUCACAGAGGUUGAGCGCCUUCGCGGCGUCAUCGAGAACGCCGCGAGCUCUGGUACGCCGAGCAAGACUUCUACGAGUCAAACGGCUGCGUUGGUUCGAGCCGAAGAGGCUGCGAACGAACAAGGCAGAGAAGUUGAAAGACUCUCUAUGUCACUUAAAGAGCUCCAACAUAGAUGUGGGACGCUUGAAGCUGCGUUACUCGAGACAGAGACGGCCGCGUCAAACUCCAAACGCGAAGCUUUGAUACAUGCUCGUCGCGAAGCGGAGGCACGGGCUGAACUGGACGGCGUGCGCAGAGAACUCGCUAUAUCCAGAGACGCUUUGAGUGAGGCCAUGGAGGGUGACGCGACAAAUUUAGAGACGAGGGCGUUGAAGGUGCGCGCUCAAGACGCAGAACGCCGAGCGGCAGCGGCUGAGGCAUCUCUUGCAAGCAUGCAACGUGAGAAUCCGGUGUCUCAGACAUUUGCUGAAGAGUCUCGAGUUCUUCGUGAAGAGAACGAACGGUUGCUUCAUCUGCUGUCGAAGGCAAACGACGAUUUGGCAUCGGCGAGGAAAAUCAUCGACGAGCAAGGGUACGCGGAAGGGGCGACAGCACUUCUCGUGGAUGAGCGAGUUCGCACUGCAGAGGAGGCAAGGAGACGUGUAGAGCAGGAUUUCGAACAGCUUGCCCGACACAUGCAGCAAAUGGAGAGUGGAACUGGCGGCAAUGCCAAUCGCAUGCAGGAGCUCGAAGUGAUGAAUGCAGAGCUUGAGUUUGAGAACUCACAACUUCGUGAAUCUCUAGCGGGUACGGAGGAAGCGAUAGCUGUCAUGCAACGGGAUCUUGCGCGCACAGUUGAAGAGUACGCCGCUCUAGGUAACUCACUCAUCGAGGACGAUGACGAAGACAGUUUGUGA